AUGGCAUCUACCCAGAAGGGCACAGUCUUUCAGGUGUUCAAGACAAAUAAAAGUGGGUCCAAGGUAGCAGUUUCUUCACACAGAGGGCCUGAGGUUACUACCUCCACUCCUCAGCGGGGACAUGGGUGUAUUCCCUCAAGCCAGCGAGGUGCUGCUGUCACCCUGAGCCCUCCUACCCAAGGAAGAGCGGAAGCUGCAUAUUCCACUGCCCACCAUUCAACAUCAGACUAUCCUCGCUGCGUGUCCCAACAGUCAGGGCCUGGCCCCUCCACAGUGUCCACUCCACGGGGAACUAACACCAGACCAAGGGUAGAGACAUUCCGCCGCCACUCUCCUCAUCGAAAGAACCAGUCAGUGCAGACUGCGCUUUCCCAUCCCUCGGGAGGACCUCGGAAUGUCAGUCCAAUCAGGGAAGAGUCAACUCGAAAAAGUGAGAACAAGCCAGGGCGUGAAGUUGGUUAUCAUUCCUCUCUGGUCUCUGAUGCCAAAUACCGUCACUUGUGUUUUGUAAGUGAAAAAGAGGAGGACCCACCGUCCAAGGUCCAGAACCCCCAGGGGGUUAGAGUACCCCGUAGAAUUUCAGCUUGCCCAAAGGAUGAAGCUAUACAAACAGAACCUACCCGACGAACUACUGCCGAAGUCAAAUCUUCAAGAACUGUCUCUAUCCCAGAGCAUGGCACUCGUGUCACUGCUGAGCAGCAGACACUCCUUAGAAAGAGCCCUCUCCAGGAACCAGAAAUUGGUCCUCCCGGCUUAAUUCUUUCAGAACUUGCCACCUCGCAAAAGAACAUAAAAAUAUCAUCAGGCCUCAAACUUUCUGUCCUUAGAGAUUUAGAUGGAGCACCUCGAGUUCCUUCACGUUCAGAGCGUUCUGUCUAUGUUGAGACCAGGCCCUCCUCAAAAGUUUUAAUGUCAGAAACGGAGCCCACUGCAAGGCCCCCCACCCGAGACCGCAAGGUGACCAUCUCCCCAGGAAGACAGCCAGCACAGUCAAGCCAUCAUUUGACAACUCGAACGCCAUCUGAAGGAGCCUAUAAGUCUCCCCUGUAUUCAGAGCUUUCUCCAAAGCCCUCCGUCCACGCAGAACUGGAGCUGACCCCUCGGCCUUUGCCCCCUCGGUCCUUACCUAGGUACGGGCCUGACUGCUCAUGGUGGGCCUUACUGAAUCCUAAAGUUGAAAUACCCCCAAACCAGUCAUCAAUAUUUGAUUAUGAACCUAAGUCCCCUCCUCCCCUAGACACUGUAGAUCCGUUUUACGAAAUGGACUCAAACCCUUUCUUUGAGGACGUGAUGUCCCAGAGAGAAAAAGCAAGCCUACCAUCAUCACCAAGGGAGUCUUUAUAUGGAGAACCAUUGACGGAAGGGCAAAACGCCCUGAAGUACAACAGCCAACAACCCAUUCAAGGGUUCAGUGCUUUCUUCCUGGAUGUUUCUGAGGAAAUGUACAACCGGAUCCUCUGGUGGCUGAAAGAUGAGGAGAUCAAGCGUUUCCUGGAGGACACCAGUGAUGAUGCCGAACUGAGCAAGUUUGUGAAGGAUUUCCCAGGAAGCGAGCCCAGCCACCCACCGGAGGCCAAGACCAGGGUGUCCAGGCCCCAAAUCUUGGAGCCCAGGCCCCAGACCCCAGAGCUCUGUGAUGAUGACCUGGAGUUUAGAGGCAGCUUGUGGCCCCAGCCCUCUGACAGUCAGCAGUACUUCUCUGCCCCAGCCCCUCUCAGCCCUUCCUCCAGGCCCCGAAGCCCGUGGGGCAAGCUUGAUCCUUAUGAUUCCUCUGAGGAUGACAAGGAGUAUGUGGGCUUUGCAACCCUCCCCAACCAAGUCCAUAGGAAGUCUGUGAAGAAAGGCUUUGACUUCACACUCAUGGUGGCAGGAGAAUCGGGCCUGGGUAAAUCCACUCUUGUCAACAGCCUUUUCCUCACUGACCUGUACCGGGAUCGGAAACUCCUCGGUGCUGAAGAGCGGAUCAUGCAAACUGUGGAGAUUACUAAGCAUGCGGUGGAUAUAGAAGAGAAGGGAGUGAGACUGCGGCUCACCAUUGUGGACACUCCAGGGUUUGGAGACGCAGUCAACAACACAGAGUGCUGGAAGCCUGUGGCUGAAUACAUCGACCAGCAAUUUGAGCAGUAUUUCCGAGAUGAGAGUGGCCUGAAUCGCAAGAACAUCCAAGACAACAGGGUGCACUGUUGCCUGUACUUCAUCUCACCCUUCGGCCACGGGCUCCGGCCAUUGGAUGUUGAAUUCAUGAAGGCCCUGCAUCAGCGGGUCAACAUUGUGCCUAUCUUGGCUAAGGCAGAUACAUUGACGCCUCCUGAAGUGGACCGGAAGAAAUGCAAAAUUCGGGAGGAGAUUGAGCAAUUUGGAAUCAAGAUCUAUCAGUUCCCAGAUUGUGAUUCUGAUGAGGAUGAGGACUUCAAAUUACAGGACCAAGCCCUAAAGGAAAGCAUCCCGUUUGCGGUGAUUGGCAGCAACACUGUGGUAGAAGCCAGAGGGCGGAGAGUUCGAGGCCGGCUGUACCCUUGGGGCAUUGUGGAAGUGGAAAACCCAAGUCACUGCGACUUUGUGAAGCUGAGGACAAUGCUGGUGCGUACCCACAUGCAGGAUCUGAAGGACGUGACCCGAGAGACACAUUAUGAGAACUACAGGGCACAGUGCAUCCAGAGCAUGACCCGCCUAGUAGUGAAGGAACGGAAUCGCAAGGACAGAUCCAGAAACUGAGAAGCUAAUCCGGGAGAAAGAUGAAGAGCUGCGGCGGAUGCAGGAGAUGCUACACAAAAUCCAAAGACAGAUGAAGGAGACUCACUAACUGGCUUUUGGACCUGA